AUGGCUAUUCCAAAUCUGUUCCAGAGGCGAACAGCCAACACUAAAGACUGCUGGGGAUACCGAUUCGAAUGGACGCCUGAACAUCUUACACCGGAGCAAAUGAAGCCUAUGAAGUUUUCGUACGAUGUACUAGCAGAGGAAUGUCUUGAUCGUUUGAACGCCAUCUCGCCACCGCACAAGGGUGCUCUGCCAAGGAACGAUAGCAACCGCGCCGCGCUAUCAUCAGUUCCGGGCACCGAAGAAGAGAAAAAAGAGCCAUUGCCAGUACCCAAGAGGGAUCUUUACGCCUUGCUGGAAGAAAAUCACAACUCCGAUCCUAAGCUUGCGGAACUAUGGCGCGAAGUGCACACGGUGCCGGACUGGGUAGACUGGGAACAGAUCGCCAGAGGACAGGAUGUGUUCUAUCGCUAUGGCGGACCCGCCUUGACUGGCCUCACUUUUCAGUCACUUUUAGGUGGCAUGGGCGCUGCGCGAGUAGUGGAGACGUUAGCAAGAACUGGAGGCUUCAGCACAAAGGUAGCAAGAGGCAGACUCUUUGAAACUACACAGCACAUUCUCCAAUGCACGCGAACACUGGAUGGACUCAAACCGGGUGGAGAAGGUUUCGCCUCAUCGAUACGCGUCCGCUUCCUACACGCCGCAGUCCGGCAGCGCAUCAUGAAACUCGCAAAAGAACGCCCAAGCUACUUUAACGUGGAAGAAUGGGGAAUACCAAUUAAUGACCUGGACCAGAUCGCAACGAUCGGAACUUUCUCCUCAACCUUGAUCUACCUCAGCUUCCCCCGCCAAGGCAUCUUCCUCCGCAAACAAGAAAUCGACGACUAUCUAGCCCUAUGGCGCUAUAUCGGCUACCUCAUGGGCACACCCGAUGAGUGGCUAUCCACCCCAACCAAAGCCAAAGCCAUCAUGGAAUCGCUCCUCUAUCACGAAGUCGACCCCUCGGAAAUGUCCAAAACAAUGGCCAACAACAUCAUUUAUGCGCUCAAAGAAGAACCCCCAACUUUCUCUUCAGCAGACAUGCUAACCGCCAGCGCCCGCUGGCUAAAUGGCAACGCCCUUUGCGACCGUCUCGGAUUAAAACGCGUUUCCGCGUACUACUGGUCCCUCAUGGCAGGCCAAUGUCUCUUCUUCAUCUUCUACUGCUACACGUAUCGCCUGUUUCCCAAUGCAGACCGCAGGAGAAUCGACCGCGCGAAAGAGAUCUUCUGGACGUUGAUAGUGAAGGCAAAGUGGGGAUUGGCGGGGACAGAAACGUCGUUUGACUUCAAGUACCUGAAAGCCAGUGCCGCGCCCAACAACAAGACCAUGUCUUCCCCACCUACCAAGUCUUCGUCCCCAAUUCUUGUCAUCAUUGAGAGUGAACGUGACGAAGACAAAGACUUGCAUCACCGGAAGCGACAGAAACGCGAAGACAGUGUAAUCACACAGACUGGUGUGAUUGGCCUCUCAGCAUCAGAGUCUCAGGCGUACAUGGCCAGCAAGUAUGUGGCCGGAGAGUCCGAUAGGAAGAUACAACAUGUUAUGGAGGCGGCGCGGCGCGCGCAGAAGAGUCGCCGGGCGGAGAAGGAAAAAGCGAAACCAAUCAGACCGGUGCAGAUUCUGGUCGACUAUAGCUUACCUACUGGUUCUGAGAGGCUGGAUUGGGACACGGACGAAGUUCGUCGGAUGGUCGGGGAGAUUGCUUGA